AUGAUCUCGGGUAUCCUCGUCUUCAACCAAAAGGGCGAGAACCUCAUCUUUCGCGCCUUCCGCAAUGACUGCCGCCCACGUCUCGCCGAUGUCUUCCGCAUCCAGGUCAUCUCCAACCCUCUAGUCCGUUCGCCCAUCUUGACUCUUGGAUCCACCACCUUCAGCCAUGUCAAGCAUGAGAACAUCUUCAUUGUCGCCGUCACAAAGGGCAACGCCAAUGCCGCUUUGGUCUUCGAGUUCCUGUACCGCCUGAUCCAACUGGGUCGCUCCUACUUUGCCAAGUUCGACGAGGAGGCUGUCAAGAACAACUUUGUCCUCAUCUACGAACUGCUCGAUGAGAUCCUCGACUUUGGCUACCCUCAAAACACCGAUACCGACACCCUCAAGAUGUACAUCACCACAGAGGGUGUCAAGUCCGAGAGAAACCUCCUCAUCGAGGACUCGUCAAAGAUCACCAUGCAAGCUACCGGUGCCAUGUCCUGGAGACGAGACAACAUCAAGUACCGCAAGAACGAAGCCUUUGUCGACGUUAUCGAAGAUGUAAACCUCCUCAUGUCCGCCAACGGAACCGUCCUGCGCGCCGACGUCAACGGCCAAAUCGAGAUGCGCGCAUACCUUUCCGGAACCCCUGAAUGCAAGUUUGGUCUGAACGACCGUCUGACUCUGGGCGAAGAAGCCCUGGCAUCGCCUUCUGGAAAUAUGGCUGGAACCAAGGCUACAAAAGCUGCUGCUGGUAGUGUUACCCUCGAGGAUUGUCAGUUCCAUCAGUGUGUGCGUCUGGGUAAAUUCGACACCGAUAGGACAAUUUCCUUCAUUCCGCCAGACGGUAGCUUCGAGCUGAUGCGAUACCGUGCCACCGAGAACAUCAACCUGCCUUUCAAGGUGCACGCCAUCGUCAACGAAAUCGGAAAGACAAAGGUCGAGUACAGCAUCGCUAUCAAGGCCAACUACGGCUCAAAGCUCUUCGCCACAAACGUCGUCAUCCGCAUCCCAACCCCUCUCAAUACUGCUUCCAUCACCGAACGAACUUCUCAAGGAAAGGCCAAAUACGAACCCGAACAUAACAACAUUGUCUGGAAGAUUGCUCGUUUCACCGGUGGCUCUGAAUAUGUACUCAGCGCCGAGGCUCAGCUCACUUCCAUGACCAAUCAAAAAGCAUGGAGUAGACCGCCAUUGAGUCUGAACUUUUCGUUACUCAUGUUUACGAGUUCGGGCCUGUUGGUCAGAUAUCUCAAGGUGUUUGAAAAGAGCCAGUACAGCAGUGUCAAGUGGGUGCGGUACAUGACACGAGCGGGCAGCUAUGAGAUCCGGUAA